AUGGCCACUCAGUCGUGCUGCGAGAAGGAGCAGAAGCAACAGCAGGGUGAGGUGCCCGCAGGGCCGAAGAACCAGAUCUCCGUUGUCCCUGGCGGCACCCACGAGCCCGGCAGCCACGUUGCCGGUGUCUCCACGGUCUCGAGCGACCCGUCUCCGUCAGGUGGUGGCGCCCCGCGCCAUGGCACAGCAGGUGCCUCCUCCUGCACCAUGGCCGCCGCCGGCGCCAUUUCGUCCACUGCGGAAGAGCCAGGGCCGCCCUCCAUGGACUGCGAGCAGGAGAGUGGGCGUCCUGAGCGGCAGGGCGGCCCGGGCCCCCACGCAGUGCUGAGAUGUGUGGGGCUCGAGAUGGGCCAAGGUCUACAGACCGCAUACGCAGGCAGCAUGGUCGCCGUGGGGCAAGCCACGAGCGGCGCUGUCCCCGCCAGCGGGCGUCCGACCCAGACCAGGGGCUCAGCGAAGGGCCGAGGGCGGAAGCGGCCCAGCCGUGCAGAGACUGCCCAGGCUCAGAAGCUUCCAUGGCGCUUCAUUCAGCCAGGCCAGGGCCUGCUCUCCGCAGCCGAGCCACGCAGCCUAACCCUGCGUCCCGCCGCCGUGCACCGGAGCCCGGCCCUGCGUCCCGCCGCCGUGCACCGGAGCCCGGCCCUGCGUCCCGCCGCCGUGCACCGGAGCCCGGCCCUGCGUCCCGCCGCCGUGCACCGGAGCCCGGCCCUGCGUCCCGCCGCCGUGCACCGGAGCCCGGCCCUGCGUCCCGCCGCCGUGCACCGGAGCCCGGCCCUGCGUCCCGCCGCCGUGCACCGGAGCCCGGCCCUGCGUCCCGCCGCCGUGCACCGGAGCCCGGCCCUGCGUCCCGACGCCCUGCAUCCGCGCCAGGCCCUGCACUCCGCGGCCGUGCAGCCGCGCCAGGCCCUGCACCGCGCCGCCCCCGCCGCGGUGCCUCCACGCGAGGCACUGCUCGGCGCAGCAUUGAAUCCGGGCCAGGCCGUGCUUUGCGAAGUUCUGCUUCUACGCCAGGCCCUCUUUCUCCUAGCCGCGCAGCAGGGCCAGACCCUGCCCUCACCAACCUUCCCAGCUCACCAGGCCCUGCUCUCCGACGACGCGUGUCGGGGCCAAGCCCUGCCCUCCGCAGCCGCGCCACCCUGCUAA